AUGGCCAGAUUCACUCAGACUGAAACAAGAAGUCAGCAGCAGCAGCAUCCUCCUCUUCCUCAGCAGCAUCAGCAGCAGCAUCAUCCCGCUCCUCCUCACUCCUCCAGCCUCCCUUUCAGCCAAACUCCACCGCUCCCGAUCCCGCACCAGCAGCACCAGGACCCGCUCAAGCCCAUGAACGGCUCGGAACCCAUUUCACUUCAUCCGGAGAGUGGCGCCAUGAAGGACCAGGAUGCCAUUAAGCUCUUUAUCGGGCAGAUUCCGCGCAACUUGGAGGAGAAGGACCUGAAGCCUCUCUUUGAACAGUUUGGGAAGAUCCACGAACUGACGGUGCUCAAGGACCGCUACACCGGCAUGCACAAAGGUUGCGCUUUCCUCACCUACUGCGCCAGAGAGUCCGCCAUCAAAGCCCAGAACGCCCUCCAUGAACAGAAAACACUCCCAGGGAUGACACGCCCCAUCCAGGUGAAACCGGCUGACAGUGAAAGCCGUGGAGAAGACAGGAAGUUGUUUGUGGGAAUGCUGAACAAACAACAGACCGAGGAGGAUGUUUACCGCAUGUUCGAACCCUACGGAGUCAUCGAGGAGUGCACGGUUUUAAGGGGUCCUGAUGGCAACAGCAAAGGUUGCGCCUUUGUCAAGUUUUCCACACAUACCGAGGCUCAGUCUGCAAUCGGUGCCCUCCACGGAAGUCAGACAAUGCCAGGCGCCUCGUCAAGCUUGGUGGUGAAGUUUGCAGACACCGACAAAGAGCGCACCAUCAGACGCAUGCAGCAGAUGGUCGGCCAGUUUGGCAUCUUCAACCCAGCCAUCGCCCUUCCCUUCAGCACCUACAGCUCUUAUGCUCAUGCGCUCAUGCAGCAGCAGGCGGCCAUUAUGGCGGCGAGCCACGGCGGUUACCUGACGCCGAGUGUGGCCGCCUUCCCUGCUACGCAGAUCCACCAGAUGGGGGCGCUUAACAUCAACAGCCUGCCGCCCACCCCCAUGACCCCGGUGUCGGGUGAAUUUCAUCAAGCCUUAGGUCAUUGUCGUGUUGGAACACCCAACUGCACCCAAGACCCAACCUCCAGGCUGAUGAUUUUAGGUUGUCCUGAAGAAUUUGGAGGCCUCAGUUCUCCACCAGCCAACAUCACCACAUCCGCCGUGCCCAGCAUCGUCACACCCAUUGUUAACGGAUUCACCGGCAUCCACCAUCAGCCAAACGGACACCCCACCGUGGAGACGGUCUACACCAACGGUCUGCCGCCUUACUCCACCCAGAGCCCCACAGCCGCCGACACCCUGCAGCAAGCCUUCACCGGAGUCCAGCAGUACACAGACUGUACGCCUUACCGUGACGCCAUUGUUCUCCUAGCAAUAUACCCGGCCACGACACUGACUCCUAUCGGCCAGACGUUGUCCCAGGCGCCCCAGGUCAUCCAGCAGCAACAGCAGCAGCAGCAGAGAGAAGGUGAGGGUCCAGAGGGCUGUAACCUGUUCAUCUACCACCUGCCACAGGAGUUUGGAGACAACGAACUCAUGCAGAUGUUCCUACCCUUCGGCACUGUCAUCUCUUCCAAGGUCUUCAUGGACCGGGCGACCAACCAGAGCAAGUGUUUUGGCUUUGUGAGUUUUGACAACCCCACCAGCGCGCAGGCAGCUAUCCAGGCCAUGAACGGCUUUCAGAUUGGCAUGAAGAGGUUGAAAGUCCAGCUAAAGAGACCGAAGGAUGCCAGCCGCCCUUACUGACACAGCCUACCUUUAUUAUUUAUCGCAGCAGCAGCAACAGCAGCAGCACAGGUUUUAGAGGACACGUGACGAUAUCACGGCGGGGCUUUUCUCUUUCUUUUUUUCCCUUGGAAAAGCAACAUAUGUUUUUUAAAAAAUAACAAAAGCGCGUGAGUAUUUUUUUUUUUUUUUUUUGGGAGGUGGGGGGGGGAAUUUAUUUUGGAAGACAUAUCAGCAUUUACUUAUGAAGACGCAAGUCGGAAGGAGACGUGGAGGCGUGUCGCCGGGGGACGCUAACAGAUGGCACAGUGCGAGGAAGGAAGGCGAGGAGAAAAAAAAAAAAAAAAAAAAACUGACAGAAAAACACUGAACUCCAGAACUUUUUUUCUUGUUGAGACUUGAAUCGUUAAUUAAGCAACAAACUUAACAAACAGGAAGAAGCAGCAACAACAAAUAGAUUUCUAUAUACAUUCUAUAUACAUAUAUAUAUAAAUAUAUAUAUAUAAACAGGAGAUGCGCUUAUGGCUUUUACUGCACUGGACAAAUGAGGGUUCAAACUCAAAGACGGACAGUGGCGACACAACAGAAAAAAGAAAAAAAAAAAGCCCUUCUUCACUUCUUCGUCCGCUGGAAAUCUUUCUCUUUCCCCCCUCUCUUUUUCUCAUAUUGUCGCCCCAGCGAGCGCCGAGGAGGAGGCCAGCCGCCCAGGAGGAGGUCACUGAGGAGGUCACUGAGGAGGUUAGCAACAACUGAAAAAUCUUUCACCCGAAAAGGGACCAAAGGACCAAACCUGUUUGUAUUGUUCUGAGCAGUAAUGCGUAGUAUUAACGAAUUCAACUACUUAUGGUAUUUACACGUCAAGGGGGUGGGGACAAAAAACUAGCUUGAGGUUGAAACACACAUUGAAAAAAAAGAAAUAAUGUUUUUUUUUUGUUGUUCUUUUUUUUUUUUAAAUAGCUACUGGGUUUGAGAAUAUAUAUAAAAAAAAAAAAAUGUUGAAAAAAAAAAAAAAAGCUUUUCUAUUUUAGUGGCGUAGUAUACAGUAGGGGUCGGGGGUUGUUACGGGCAUGUUCAUUUCAUCCGCAUUUCAUCUCGGAGGCAAUUAAACCGCACAUUUCCCCUUAACUAGAUUUUGGACACCGCUUUUUUGUAGUAAUCCCCUCUUUCAUUGUAAUUACUGUUUAUAAAUUUAAUAUUGUUAUAGCUAGAGCAUAAAAAAAAAAACGUGUUUAGGACCUUCUAAAUGUGACAUUAUGAGAGCCCUCUAGACAUGAAAUAACACCCUUUUAUUCUACACUAAACCGGGUAAAGUUAUUCAGGGUAAAUCCCACCUAACCUUAUGCACACACAGUCAGGGUCAAAUACAAACCCCGUUUCCAUAUGAGUUGGGAAAUUGUGUUAGAUGUAAAUAUAAACGGAAUACAAUGAUUUGCAAAUCAUUUUCAACCCAUAUUCAGUUGAAUAUGGCUACAAAGACAACAUAUUUGAUGGUCAAACCGUUAAACUUGUUUUUCUUUUGCAAAUAAUCAUUACCUUUACAUUAACGUGACAAAAAAGUUGGGAAAGGUGGUAAUAAAUACUGAUAAAGUUGACAAAUUCUCAUCAAACACUUAUUUGGAACAUCCCACAGGUGUGCAGACUAAUUGGGAACAGGCGGGUGCCAUGAUUGGGUAUAAAAGCAGCUUCCAUGAAAUGAUAAGUAAUUCACAAUGUAUGUCGAACAGUUUUAGAACAACAUUUCUCAACGAGCUAUUGCAAGGAAUUUAGGGAUUUUACCAUCUACGGUCCGUAAAAUCAUCAAAAGGUUCAGAGAAUCUGGAGAAAUCACUGCACUUAAGCGAUGAUAUUGCGGACCGUUUAUGCCUCAGGCAGUACUGCAUCAAAAACAGACAUCAGUGUGUAAAGGAUAUCGCCACAUGGGCUCAGGAACACCUCAUAAAACCACUGCCAGUAACUAUAGUUGGUUGCUACAUCUGUAAGUGCAAGUUAAAACUCUGCUAUGCAAAGCCAAACCCAUUUAUCAACAACACCAAGGAACGCCGCUGGCUUCGCUGGGCCUGAGCUCAUCUAAGAUGGACUGAUGCAAAAUGGAAAGGUGUUCUGUGGUCUGACAAGUCCAUAUUUCAAAUUAUAUUUGGAAACUGUGGGCGUGGUGUCCUCCAGAACUAAGAAUAUAAUAACCAUCCGCAUUCUUAUAGGGCGCGAAGUUCAAAAGCCAGCAUCUGUGAUGGUAUGGGGGUGUAUUAGUGCCCAAGGCAUGGGUAACUUACACAUCUGUGAAGGCACCAUUAAUGCUGAAUAGUCCAUACAGGUUUUGGAGCAACAUAUGUUGUCAUGCAAGCAACAUAUGUUGCGCCCCUGCUUAUUUCAGCAAGACAAUGCCAAGCCACGUGUUACAACAGCGUGGUUUCGUAGUAAAAGAGUGCGGGUACUUUCCUGGCCCGCCUGCAAUCCAGACCUGUCUCCCAUUGAAAAUGCGUGACGCAUUAUGAAGCGUUAAAUACGACAGCGGAGACCCCGGACUUUUGAAGAACUGAAGCUCUACAUAAAACAAGAAUGGGAAAGAAUUCCACUUUCAAAGUUUCAACAAUUAGUUUCCUCAGUUUCCAAACGUUUAUUGAGUGUUGUUAAAAGAAAAGGUGAUGUAACACAGUGGUGAACAUGCCCUUUCCCAACUACUUUGGCACGUGUUCCAGCCAUGAAAUUCUAAAUUAAUUAUUUUUUGCAAAAAGAAAGUUUAUGAGUUUGAACAUCAAAUAUCCUGUCUUUGUAGUGCAUUCAACUGAAUAUGGGUUGAAAAGGAUUUGCAAAUCAUUGUAUUCCUUUUAUAUUUACAUCCAACACAAUUUCCCAACUCAUAUGGAAACGGGGUUUGUACCAUGAGACAUUAUAUAGACACAGAAUCAGAGACUAGAAGACAAACCAGUGAUUGCUUUUCUCGUACGAGGAGAGUGACCUGGAGAAAGUGUUGUCAAUUACAAUCUCCAACUCACUCUGAAACCUUUCUCCCACUCCCCUCGCCUUUUAAUUCAUUCGGGAGGCCCUGCAUUACAUACACACACACACAGCUGUACUAAGGGAGGAGGGGUGAUUACAGCUGUACUGGAAACAUAACACCCGUGUUGCGAACAUAACACACGCAAAUACAAAAGAUACAGUAACGUCCUGCGUUGCUCUGUCUCAUCUGCAAACUCUGCUUUAAGGAUGGCAGGUCAACCUAAGUUCAAUCUAACGACAAGUUUCGUUUCUCUUCAGUUUGUCUAACACAAUACAUAUGCAAACAAUCAUAUUUGAAUAAAAAUGAGAUAACUUAUUUACAAUUAAUCCAAAACACACACACACACACUUACACAAUUUAUUUUUGGUGAUUUAACCCUCAAUUCCAACCCUUGAUGCUGAGUGCCAAACAGGGGUUCCAUUUUUAUAGUCUUUGUCAAAUGAUGUUUUUGUUUUUUUUUAAUUAAGUAGAUUUGAUUUUUGACUAAUCACUCGUUUUUGCCCGCAUACAAAAUCUAGAUUUUAUUUUAAUUUUUUUAAAACGGCCCUAUAAAGGUAGUCAUUACUGCCUUAAUGAAAACAAGUUUGACACCCCUGGUUUAACCCAUUCCAUAACUUAGCCGUUACCAAACAAAAAUGAUUAGAUUUGCCACAUCUUUGAGUAAGCCACAGGGGUUUAAAGCUCAAGGGGAAAAGUAGCAUUUUAUAGCCUAAAAAAAAUACUGUAGUAUAGACAUUUUUAGUUCACCUAGCUUUUUUAUGCUUGAAAAAGGCUUAAUUUUGAGUAAAAAAAAAAAUAUUGAAAAUGCCUUAAAAAAUUACAUAAACAUCUGCAACAAAGUGAAGCCACAAAUUUUGAAUCAGAAUUAGGCUAUCAGAUAACAAAACUUAAAUUAUUCAUUGCCCAACCUAACCUGUAUAGCGGGGCCGUUCAACCGGAACUUUAACCCCUGUCAACACAUUGGCAGAUCCAUGUGUUGACAAGUUGAACUUGUGAGCAAACACCGGGGCCAAACUUGCUGAGGCGUUCCUCAAAGCACUCCUUUAAGUCCUCUCCUUUUUGUCAGUUAUUUUCUGUAUUGGGAUUUAUGUAAAUAAGGUGUCGCUGUAGCUUGUUUACUUCAGAUGCAAUAAGUAGACAUUUGUUCAACUUCUUUACUUAUACUUGUGGCGUUCCUCAAGGUUCCAGUUUAGUUCCUCUCUUUUUCAUCAUUUGGGCUAUUCAACUGGUGGCCUGUGAGUUCAAUUUUUACAAAGAAACGUGUGAGAGACCCCCUUUUUACAGCAGAUUCUAAAAAGAAAAAAAACACUUGUUCGCCGUCAUAGAGAUGAUCUCGGAAUAGCUCUUUUGCCGAAGGUCCUCAAAAACAGCAGAGCGCUCCUGCAAAACAAAUAGACUAAAAUCUAAUUUCGGUAACACUUUAGUAUGGGGAACAUAUUUUAAGUAACAAAGACUUAAUUUAAAGUUAUUUGGACACUAGCGGAACAUAGUCUAAGUAACAAAGACUUAAUUAAGAGUUAUUUGGACAUAGGGGAAAAUAUUCUAAGUACCAAAGACUUAAUUUAAUCUUAUUUGGACACUAGGGGAACAUUGUCUAAGUACCAAAGACUUAAUUUCGACUUAUUUGGACACUAGGGGAACAUAGUCUAAGUACGAAAGACUUAAUUUAGUCUUAUUUGGACACUAGGGGAACAUGGUCUAAGUACCAAAGACUGAAAUGUUGUGUUAUUUGAACACUAGGGGAACGUAGUCUAAGUAACAAAGACUUAAUUUAGUCUUAUUUGGACAUUAGGGCAACAUGGUCUAAGUACCAAAGACUGAAAUGUUGUGUUAUUUGGACAUUACGGGAACAUAGUCUAAGUACCAAAGACUUAAUUUAGAGUUAUUUGGACACUACGGGAACAUUUGCUAAGUAACAAAGACUUAAUUCAGAGUUAGUUGGACUAUAAGGGAACAUAGUCUACGUAACAAAUACCUAAUUUAGAGUUAUUUGGACACUAGGGGAACAUAUUCUAAGUAAAGAAGACUUAAUUUAGAGUUAUUUGGACACUAGGGCAUCGUAAUCUGAGGAACAAAGACUUAAUUUGGAGUUAUUUGGACACUAAGAGAACAUAGUCUAAGUAACAAAGACUUAAUUUAGAGUUAUUUGGACAUUAAGAGAACAUAGUAUAAGUAACAAAGACUUAGUUUAGAGUUAUUUGGACACUAGGGGAACAUAGUCUAAGUACCAAAGACUUAAUUUCGACGCAUUUGGACACUAGGGAAACAUAGUAUAAGUAACAAAGACUUAAUUUAGAGUUAUUUGGACACUACGGGAACAUAGUCUAAGUACCAAAGACUUAAUUUUGACUCAUUUGGACACGAGGGGGACAUAGUGUAAGUAACAAAGACUUAAUUUAGAGAUAUGUGGACAGUAGGGGAACAUAGACUAAGUAACAAACACAUAAUUUCAACUUAUUUGGACACUAGGAGAACAGAGUCUAUGUACCAAAGACUUAAUUUAGAGUUAUUUGGUAGGGUUAGGGCUAGGGUUAGGGUUAUAAUAAGGCCAUGCUGAAUAAGGCAUUGAUAAUUACUUAAUAAUGACUAAUUAAGAGCCAAUAUGUUACUAAUUUCCAUAUUAAAAUGCAACUAGUUAAUGGUGAAUAUGUUCCCCAUAUUAAAGUGUUACCCAAAUGUCUACUGCUGGUUCUCUGGUAUAUACAAAAUAAGAUAAAUAGUGAAGGGAUAAGCUUCCUGAAAAUGUGGCCCCUGAAAUAGUUCAGCUAAAUAUCCCUGCUGUAGGAUCACGGGUGAGCUGGACUGACUGAUUUUGAGAAAAAUGACGAUUAAUUGUAUAAAAGAAAAAAUAUUUUUUCAAGCCACGCACUUAAAACAAGCAAAUUCACUGAGUAUUAUCUAGUUACAAGCUUACACUUAACAUAUGUUAGCUGAACCACAAUCACCACAUGUAAAAGUGAAAGUGUUACUCAGCGGAGGUUUAUAGGCAACGUAGUCCCGACGCCAAUUCUAGGGACUUGUGUCACAAUAGCAUCAUUUAUUUAUUUAUUUAUUUUAUAUGAGCCAGAGCAGCACGAUCCAUAAAGUGAACAACAGGAGCAGAAGUCCUUGCUUUCCGUCAUUAAAGCCUUGAUAUUCCAGAUAAUCUGACCGUAAAGCAGCGUGCUAAAAGUGCCAUCCGGCUGAGCAGCAUGUGAGCCAGGCAGUAAAAAAAAAAAAAAAAAAAAAAAAAAAAAGCAGCACAGUGUCUGUAACUGCUUAAUAAAAUAUACAAAUGAGCCUGACAGCGGUUGUAAACAUUCCCCGCAACAGCGGCCACUCUCGGGUCGCGCCCUCUCCCGCUGCCAAGCCUCUCCAGCUGGGGUCCUCCUCCCGAUUCCCUCGCUUCUGCCGGGAGCCGGCAUAUCGCUCUUGAUAAGAGCCACCGGAUCCCAGGGCUGCGUAAUGAGCUAAUAUUGAUCAGAUGGGUAGUAGAUACAGUCAGUAAAUACCCUCAAAUCUGUAAUCUGACAUGCCAGAUGGUUGGGUCGCAGAGAACGGGCAGAAACCGUUUGGAAAAGGCCACCUUAUGGGGUACUGUCACGUUGCAGGGAUGGCUGUCACCUGCUUUUUCCACCACAUCCAGAAAAAUCGACACCCGCCAACCCUCCAGAUUACCCUUAGAGAGCAAUAAGAUCAAAAGUUAAGGUCUUUUUUUCAGGUUUUAGAUACACUAUAUUGCCAAAAGUAUAUACCCACCUGUAUUGACUCACAUAUGAACAUGAGGUCCCAUCCCAUUCCUAACCCAUGGGGUUCAAUAUGAUCUCGGUCGACUUUUUGUAGUUAUUACAGCAUCAACUCUUCUGGGAAGGCUGUCCACAAUGUCGCAGAGUGUGUUUAUAGGAAUGUUCCACCUUUCUUCCAAAAGCAUUGGUGAGGUCAUACACUGAUGUUGGUUGAGAAGGUCUUGCUGUCAGUCUCCGUUCUAAUUCGUCCCAAAGGGGUUCAAUCGGGUUCAGGUCAUGACUCUGUGCAGGCCAGUCAAGUUCAUCCACGCCACACUCUGUCAUCCAUGUCUUUAUGGACCUUGCUUUGUGCACUUGUGCACAGUCAUGUUGGAAGAGGAAGGAGCCCGUUCCAGACUGUUCCCUCAACAUUGAGAGGAUGGAAUUGUCCAAAUUGUUUUGGUAUACGGGAGCAUUCAAAUUUCCUUUCACUGGAACUAAGGAGCCAAGCCCAACUCCUAAAAAACAACCCCACAACAAAAUUCCUCCUCCACCAAAUUUCACUCUCAGCUGCAGUCGGAAAUGUACCAUUCUCUUGGCAACCUCCAAACCCAGACUCAUCCAUCAGAUUGCCAGAUGGAAAAGUGUGAUUCAUCACUCCAAAGAAGGCGUCUCCACUGCGCUGGAGUCCAGUGGCGACGUGCUUUACACCACUGCAUCCCACGCUUUGCAUUGGACUUGGUGAUGUAUGGCUUAGAUGCAGCAGGUCAGCCAUGGAAACCAAUUCCAUGAAGCUCUCUGCGUACUGUACGUGGGCUAUUUGGAAGCUCACAUGAAGUUUAGAGCGCUGUAGCAACUGGCUGUGCAGAAAGUCGGCGACCUCUUUGCACUAUGCGCUUCAGCAUCCACUGACCCCUCUCUGUCAGUUUACGUGGCCUACCACUUGGUGACUGAGUUGCUGUUGUUCCCAAAAUCUUCAAUUUUUCUUAUAAUAAAGCCGAAAGUUAAAUUUCACGACUGGAUUUGUUGCACAGGUGGCAUCCUAUGACAGUUUCACAAAUGUUUGUAGAAACAGUCUCCACGCCUAAAUGCUUGACUUUAUACACCGUGGCCAGGCCAAGUGAUUAGGACAUCUGAAUCUGAUCAUUUGGAUGGGUGGCCAAAUAUUUUUGGCAAUAUAGUAAGUAAUAUGCGAGUUCUUGUGAGAAUUUCUUCCCCAAACUGCUCGAUGGUACCUAGAAGUAGGGAUGGGUGUCGUUUAUAUUUUGACCGAUACUGGUACCAAAUUGAAAGCAGUGCUUAAAGGGAACCUGUGGUAUUUUUUGAAUUUACCUUUUAAUCUACCUUAAACACAUUGGAUAUACUUUUGUAAAAAUUUUGUGUACAUUUGGUUAAAAAUCACUGCCCUGACCAAUGUGAUGUGAUGCUUCUCAUGCUUCAACUCUGUCACAAAACAGUGAAGAAAAUAAAUGCACACACAUACUUUUUUAUUCAAUUUUGUGAUUUAAAAUUGUAUUGAUUAGCAUCUGAGUUGAAAAUAUCCUGCAGGGAUUUUUGGCAUAAUAAUAAUAUUUUUAUAAACAGUUUUCGCGAUGGGUGCCAUUUUUUCUGGCUUAAGCACCUGGCCCCAAAAUGUCUGUGUACGUACCUACUUUUAAUUACAUUAGUAUAGAUUCUGCCUCUAGGGAUCGACAUGAUCUCCGAGACUAGGGGUGUCCAAACUACAGUCCGCGAGCAUCUUCAAUUUGACGCCACAAGUUAAUAAUAAAGUGGCGUAUUCCUACUAUUUACAAAUAGUAAUAGUGGUCUAAUAGUUGCCAUUUGUUUACCAUUUGUUGGCCAAGAAAAGUUACUGUAUCAUUAAUUGUUUUUCAAAGGCCGUACAGCACAACAUUGACUUUUAUGACCCAAUCCAAACAACCUUCCCCAGUCAUGGUGCGAAAAAAAUAAAUAAAAAAUCCACCUAUGUUGCUUAAGGAGCGGUGCUGGUUGUAUCUUCCCCUCGCUGUGCAAUAAGUCUGCUCUGGCACCCAUUUCUAGAAAGGUCCGGCGUAUUUAGAAUUAAAACUUUGUCAAUCAUUCUUCCAAACGCCAUUAAUGUCAGAAAAACUAGUCAGAAAAAGGGAAAAACAACCAAAGAGCACACGUUUUAAUAAACAAAAGAGUGGUGUAUUCCUUCCAUCCAUCCAUUUUCUACCGCUUAUUCCCUUUCGGGGUCGCGGGGGGCGCUGGCGCCUAUCUCAGCUACAAUCGGGCGGAAGGCGGGGUACACCCUGGACAAGUCGCCACCUCAUCGCAGGGCCAACACAGAUAGACAGACAACAUUCACACUCACAUUCACACACUAGGGCCAAUUUAGUGUUGCCAAUCAACCUAUCCCCAGGUGCAUGUCUUUGGAAGUGGGAGGAAGCCGGAGUACCCGGAGGGAACCCACGCAUUCACGGGGAGAACAUGCAAACUCCACACAGAAAGAUCCCUAGCCUGGAUUUGAACCCAGGACUGCAGGACCUUCGUAUUGUGAGGCAGACGCACUAACCCCUCUGCCACCGUGAAGCCCUGGUGUAUUCCUCUCAUAUACAAAUAGCCAGUGGUCUAAUAGCUGCUGUUUUGUCACCAUCUGGUGGCCAACAAAAGUUACUGUACCAUUAAUUGUACUUCCAAGGCUGUACAACACAGCGAAUACGUAUAUGACUCAAUCAAAACAAACUUCCCUAGUCAUGAUGCAGGGGGAAAAAAAACCUUAAGCAGUAUCGGUCAAAUCUUUUCCUUGCUGUGCGAUAAGUCUGCUCUGGCAUUUUUUCCAGAAAAUCGCGGCGCAUUUACAAUUAAAAUGUGUUGUGGCAAAAUCACGGAGCCUGCUUCGUCAAUCAUACUUCCGAGUGCCAUUAAUGUAUCCACCGGGAUUCGCUCCUUUUUGCCACGCUGGUCUGUUGGCUUUCCAGGACUCAUUUUAAGUUAUCAAAAUGGACAAAACUAAUCAGACAAAGGGAAAGACACUCAAAAGGCACACAUGUUUUAAUAAGCAAAAGAGUGGUGUAUUCCUAUCAUAUACAAAUAGCCAGUGGUCUAAUAGCUGGCGUUUUGUCACCAUCUAGUGGCCAACACAAGUUACUGUACCAUUAAUUGUACUUCAAAGGCUGUACAGCACAGCAAAUAUUUAUAUGACCCACUCCAAACAACCUUCCCUAGUCAUGAUGCAUGGGGAAAAAAAUCUUAAUGAGCAGUACCGGUCGUAUCUUUCUCUUGCUGUGCGAUAAGUCUGCUCUGGCAUUUUUUUCCAGAUAAUCCCGGCGUAUUUACAAUUAAAAUUUGUUGUGGCAAAGUCACAGAGCCUGCUUUGUCAAUCAUACUUCCAAGCGCCAUUAAUGUAUCCACAGGGAUUCUCUCCUUUUUGCCACACUGGUCUGUUGGCUUUUAGGGACUCAUUCUAAGUAAUCGAAAUGGACAAACUAGUCAGAAAAAGGGAAAAACACCCAAAAUGCAUGCAUGUUUUAAUAAGCAAAAGAGUGGUGUAUUCCUAUCAUAUACAAAUAGCCAGUGGUCUAAGAGCUGCCGUUUUGUCACCAUCUGGUGGCCAACAAAAGUUACUGUACCAUUAAUUGUACUUCCAAGGCUGUAGAGCACAGCAAAUAUUCAUAUGACCCAAUCCAAACAACCUUCCCUAGUCAUGGUGCAGGGGGGAAAAAAAUCUUAAUAAGCAGUACCAGUUGUAUAUUUCCCUUGCUGUGCGAUAAGUCUGCUCUGGCAUUUUUUCCAGAAAAUCCCGGCGUAUUUACAAUUAAAAUGUGUUGUGGCAAAAUCAUGGAGCCUGCUUCGUCGAUCAUACUUCCGAGUGCCAUUAAUGUAUUCACCGAGAUUCGCUCCUUUCUGCCACGCUGGUCUGUUGGCUUUCCAGGACUCAUUUUAAGUUAUCAAAAUGGACAAAACUAAUCACAUGUUUUAAUAAGCAAAAGAGUGGUGUAUUCCUAUCAUAUACAAAUAGCCAGUGGUCUAAUAGCUGCCAUUUUUUCACCAUCUGGUGGCCAUUAAUUGUACUUCAAAGGCUGUACAGCACAGCAAAUAUUUAUAUGACCCAAUCCAAACAACCUUCCCUAGUCAUGAUGCAGGGGGGGGGGGGAUCUUAAUGAGCAGUACCGGUCGUAUCUUUCCCUUGCUGUGCGAUAAGUCUGCUCUGGCACUUUUUUUCCAGGUAAACCAGGCGUAUUUACAAUUAAAAUGUGUUGUGGCAAAGUGACAGAGCCUGCUUUGUCAAUCAUACUUCCAAGCGCCAUUAAUGCGUCCACAAGGAUUCCUCUCCAUCUUUGCCAUGCUGGUCUGUUGGCUUUUUGGGACUACGUUAGCAAAAUGGACAAAACUAGUCAAAAAAAAAAAGGGAAAAACAGCCAAAAGGCACACAUGCUGAAGUGCUGAGUCGUGAGUGUCUCUUUUGGAAGAUGCACUCUGCAUUUUUGUCUGCAGGCGUGAAAAUGAAUGACUGAAUGAAGUGUUCACACGCUCAUGCUGAUCCAAAAGUUUCUAAAUCGAUACGGUUUGAAAAUAUAUUGCCAGCGUAAACACGUAUUAGUAACAUUUUCAUCUUCUUAAGGACGUGAGUAAUCUGUAAGAGAUAAAGUUAACCAAACAAAAACCUGCACAAACACAUUUUUGUCUCUACUGUGCUGCUUUAAAUGAGUUUGUUUACUUCAUGUAAGUUGCUUCAUGCAUCCUUUCCAGACUUCUUAAUUGGAUGGAUUAAAAUGCAUGAGAAUGUUUUAUAUUUUGAACGUUAUUUUUAACACUGUGAUUGCCAUCAGAAUUAUUCAUUACUUAUCUUAAGCAAUGUCAGCUCAGAUUUGUCUGAAAGCCAGAUGCAGACAUCAAAAGAGCCACAUCUGGCUCGAGAGCCAUAGUAUCCCGACCCCUGCUUUAAACCAUGGUUUAGUGUGGCUGAAUCGGGGCUUAGGCUAAAUAAUUAUUCGUUUAAGGCAUGGGUGUCAAACUCUGGCCCGCAGGCCAUAUAUGGCCCGCUGUGUAAUUUCACUUGGCCCUUGAGGCAAUAUCAAAUUAAUAUUAGAGCUGGCCCGCUGCUGUAACACCGCAUUCACCGCUAAUACUCUUACUUGCCAACCCUCCCGAUUUUCCCGGGAGACUCCCGAAGUUCAGUGCCCCUCCCGAAUUUCAACCUGGGCAACAAUAUUGGGCGUGGGCCUUAAAGGCACUGCCUUUGGCGUUCUCUACAACCUGUCGCCACAUUCGCUUUUCCUCCCAACAAACUGCGUGCCGGCUCAAUCACAUAAUAUAUGCGGCUUAUACACACGUACAAUUGAAUGCAAGGCCUAUUUGGUCAACAGCCAUACAGGUCACACUGAGGGUGGCCGUAUAAACAACUUUAACACUGUUACAAAUAUGCGCCACACUGUGAACCCACACCAAACAAGAAUGACAAACACAUUUCGGGAGAACAUCCACACCGUAACACAACAUAAACACAACAGAACAAAUAACCAGAAACCCUUGCAGCACUAACUCUACCGGGACGCUACAAUAUACACCCCUCGCUAUCACCAAACCCCGUCCACCUCAACCCCGCCGCCGAAAAGAGGCAUUUAAUUAUUAUUUAAAUUUUAUUUGAAAUGCCAUUGAUAUUUUUUAAUUAUUAUUAUUAUUUGAAAGUCUAUUUUGCAUGUCACUAUAAAGUUAUAUAAGCCUUGCUUGUUCAAUAUUCAAUGUAAAACUAGUGUCCCUAUUGAAAGGUUAGUUUGUUCAACCUCGGCCCACGGCUUUGUUCGGUUUUAAAUUUUGGCCCACUCUGUAAUUGAGUUUGACACCCCUGGUUUAAGGCAGUGGUCCCCAACCACCGGGCCGUGGCCCGAUUGGUACCGGGCCGCAGAAUAUUUUUUUUUUUAUUUUUAUUAAAUCAACAUAAAAAACACAAUAUACACUUACAAAUAGUGCACCAACCACAAAAAACUCCCUUUUUCAUGACAAAAACGUCCCUUUUUCAUGACAAAGAAGAAACGAAAAAAAAAGGGAAAAAAAGGCUUAGUGCAGACAUAGCCUUAGUGUAAUAUCCAACUUGGUUUACAAGUGUCCCAUGCGGUGCACCUUUUCACGUGAAAAUAUGCUAAUUGGUCCAUUUCCAAGAUGUUUACCUUUACUGUCACUUAUUACCAAGAAACCAGUACAAUUGUUAAUGAACUCCGUAACGGUGCACAUGCAUGUUUAGGGAGUCAACUCUAUGUUUUUGUUCCGGCAAGAGCAGCUGCAUUACCCCUUCUAAGGCUGCAACGGCACAGCCUUAGGAGGUCAAAUUAAGAGCAAAAUGAUCCAUCAAUGAGACAGCAGCAGGCCUGUAGGUGUAGCAGCCACAGCUGCCACCGACAAAACAAGCCCUUACCAUUAGCGGCACCCACACAUGGCCGCCAUAUAUCUAAACUAACGUCGCCGAACAACGGGACAUACCGUCAGAUUUGAUCGUUGGCUUUUUCGUCAUUCAUUUUCACGCCUUCUGUCAGUGUUGCCUUUUUAUUUCAAAGAGCGUACAGUGCAAAAAGGAAUCGAAAGUAUGCCCAACCAAGCGUUUAUCAACCAGGUUUUCGCCACAUAUUGCCAAAUUUCGAAUUAGUGUUCUAUUUUAUCCAUCCAUCCAUCCAUCUUCUUACGCUUAACCGAGGUCGGGUCGCGGGGGUAGCAGCCUAAGCAAGGAAGCCCAGACUUCCCUCUCCUCAGCCACUUUGUCUAGCUCUUCCCGGGGGAUCCCAAGGCGUUCCCAGGCCAGCCGGGAGACAUAGUCUUCCCAAGGUGUCCUGGGUCUUCCCCGUGGCCUCUUACCGGUUGGACGUGCCCUAAACACCUCCCUCGGGAGGCGUUCGGGUGGCAUCCUGACCAGAUGCCCGAACCACCUCAUCUGGCUCCUCUCGAUGUGGAGGAGCAGCGGCUUUACUUUGAGUUCCCCCCGGAUGACAGAGCUUCUCACCCUAUCUCUAAGGGAAAAACUCAUUUCGGCCGCUUGUACCCGUGAUCUUAUCCUUUCGGUCAUGACCCAAAGCUCAUUACCGUAGGUGAGGAUGGGAACGUAGAUCGACCGGUAAAUUGAGAGCUUUGCCUUCCGGCUCAGCUCCUUCUUCACCACAACGGAUCGGUACAACGUCCGCAUUACUGAAGACGCCGCACCGAUCCGCCUGUCGAUCUCGCGAUCCACUCUUCCCCCACUCGUGAACAAGACUCCUAGGUACUUGAACUCCUCCACUUGGGACAGGGUGUACUGUAUUUUCUCAAUUAGAGACCUCCGUUUUAGUCGACACCAUGCAGGGCCGCCCCUGCUUAUACAGUGCGAGCCGAAUAAGCGCAUGAAAAAUGUCAAUUACAUGAAUGACGAGUGCUCUAUAGGAAAUUUAACCGCAAAUAUUACCCUAGAUUCCAUAAGUUCUCAUUGCACCCCGUUAGUGAUAUGCUUGUUGAAGGUCAUACUGGAUUGGACUACACCAGGGGUGUCAAACUCAUUUUAGCUCAGAGGCCGCAUGGAGGAAAAUCUAUGACCAAGUGGGCCGGAAUGGUAAAACCACGAAAUGAUAACUUAAAGAUAAAGACAACUCCAUGUUGUUUCGUUUGUUUCUUCUUUGGCCAAAAAGAGAACAAGCACAUUAUAAAAACCAUAAAAAUCACAACUAAUCUUCUGAAAAAACACUUCAAGUUUGUUGAAAAUUCUGAGGAAAUUGGUGCAGCUUCCAAAACACUUUGUCCGUGUAUCUACAAAGCCAGGAUUAAACUUUAAAUCACAGUCUUUCUGGGAUUGAACAAAAAACUCUUCCAGUUAUCAAAUACCUCCUUCCUCAUGUCCACGUAUCAAUCCAGAGCUAACUCAACAAACCGUAAGAAACGGAGGUAAAAACUAUUCAAAAGGGUUCAAUUCACUUGUCUCGUGUUUGACAGAGACAUUUUGGGGCAACGAGGGUGCCGAAUGCGGAUGUGUUCAAAGCAGAAGACAUAAAACGGCAGGUUUUAACUUUCAUGUGGGUCAAGGAGGAGGAGCCACAGUCACCCUUUUACUGUGUACCUCUUGCUUAGUCGUUUGCUUGCCUAACAGAAUUGCUAUUGUGACAUCCAGUGGACACAUUUAGAACAGCAGUUUCUUUCGUUAAAAAAACCCAGCUCAUUUUAAUACUUGGUAAACUCAUCACGCGGGCCGGAUAAAAACUUUUUUGGAGCCUGAUCCGGCCCGCAGGCCGGUAGGUUUGACACCCCCGGACUACAUAUAUGCGUCAAGUAUUAAUGAAAACGGAUCUUUUCAUUAUGUUAAAAUGUGUUGUAUUGCACUGAAAAAAUAAACUAUUGAACAAUUUAUAUUGAACAAUUAAUUUCCCGUGACAUUGUUUUAAAACAAAAGAUACAUCAAAUUAAAUUAAAGUUUGAUGAACCCUCAGUAGUAAACAUAAUAUAAUGGCAGUGUAUGAUUAAAUAAAGGAAAAUUUACUUAGUUUUUGCUAAAAUACCUCAGUCAACUUUAGUCCAAAGUAAAAUAAAAGCUAACAUGUUAUGGGGGUUUUUUGUUUAGUUUUUUUAACCAUUUUAAUGCUCAUUUGAAGUAAACAUGUAAUUUAUUUGUAAAGUAGCCUAUCAUCCAUUCACUGUAUUAGAAUAAAAAAAAGCAUAUGUUUGCCAUUUUUAUUCACGAUUUAGACUAAUUAAGAGAUCUGAGCAAAAAAAAGUAGAAAAAAAUACAAAUCCAAACAUGUUUUUUUUUAUACAUUCUUACUGUGACUCCCUGUGGACUUUUUCAUCCUGGUGCUACUUAUUUGGGCUAAACUUACUUAACAGUGUACCGUUAAUAUAUGGAAGAAUUUAAAAUAAAAAAAUGUUAAAAUUGAAUAUGAAAAAAACAAACCGUAUUGGGAACAAUAAUCAUUUAGCUUAAUACAGCUCAAGUUAUGGCCCAGAAAUUGAGCAAGAACUUCCCUGAAACAAAUAAAAAGGCCGCAGUGUACUUUAAAGGUAAAAUGUUUAAAAAGUAUCCCAAAAUUUUGGAGAAAAAUCUACUCUCCCAAGUUGGGCCGGCACGAUAACAUGAAAACAGAGACAACUUCAGAUUGUUUAGAAAUACAACAAGCACAUUCUGAAAAUGUACAAAUCUUUUUUUUUUUUUUUACACAUACAUGUUGCGGUUAAUAGUAUUCUAUCUUUAUUUGUCGUUAUUUAUACUUUCUGAAUAAAUUAUGUGGUAAUGUUCAUCAGUCAACACAUUGGUGUUAAUUUGGCGCACUAACAUUAUGUGUUUUGUUUUUUUUCACGUACGUCGCAUAUUCAACAAAGAUACAAAUAAUUGCUAUUCCGACAUCUAGUGGACACAUUUAGAACAGCAGUUUCUUUCAUUGAAAACUUUUUGCAAAUUUUUGUACUUAGCAAACUCAUCCAGUUGGCCAGAUAAAACCCGUUUGACACCCACUGCCUUAAACUAACAAUUAAAAUUGCUAUACCAAACAGCAGCACCCCCUUGAAGCAUGAUAAAAUAUAGAAAUAUGGUCAGUUUACACUGAAUGUCCUGAACUCUCGUUUCCAUGGUCGUAAAUGAUUGGUUAUCUCUUUAUGUCUUCGCAACUGACUAACCCUUAAUAGAUGCCCAAUAUUCUCUGCAGUUGAUUAAACCAAAAGAUGCAUGCCACUAUAUGAGGACAUAAUAACACAAUAGAAAAAGGGUAGUUUUAUGGCACUGAAUUCUCCUGUCAGGCGAAGCCGUGAUAGAUCCCCUCUUUUUUUCUCCAGGCCAUACAAGGUCUUAUAAACCUGGCGCUUCCCAAAAAAAAGAAAAAAUUCUUUCCUUAUGGGAUUUUCUGCCAGGGAGAGCAGUGUGAAUUAUUAAAAUCAAAUUAAAUUUGGCCUUCACAACAGCUCGGGUAAAUGCAAAUUAAAGAUGCCAGCUGUGUGUGGCUGCAAUGUAAUGAGUUGGAGGGAAAGAGGCAAAGGGGGGGAGGAAUUUGAUGGAAACACAAAUGAACACAGCAGGAGAAGCGUCAUUGUGUAUGUUGCAACACGCUGAUGAAAUCAAGGAAAUGCAUCACAGAAGGGUGUCGAGCUAAAAUAUAUAUUUUAUUCUAUAUUCUUUAAUAUCCCACAUUGUGUUUUAGCAGUCCCAUGCAGACACACGUCGGUUUUAAGGUCCGUACAGGAAGGAAACAAAAUGCACGGAUUAAAUGAUUUUUUACCAUGAACUACUCACCAAUAAUUCUCAAAUUAAGAACUAAAAAUAAGAAUACAAAAUAAUGCGCAAUUGUUUCUUUGAAGGAAAGUGCAACAAAUAUUAAAAACAGUUUAACAUACUGAAAUAAUUUUAGGAUAUAUAAUGUAAAUCGACUGACUAAGCCAGGGGUGUCAAAUGUACGGCCUUUUAUCUGGCCCGCGGGAUGAAUUUGCCGAGUAUAAAAAUUAACCUGAAAAUGUUGAAUCAAAGAAACCGCUGUUGUAAUUGUGCAAUAGCAUUUAUUUGUAUCUUUGUAGAUGAUGCUACAUACUGUAUAUACAAAAUAAACCACAUGAUGUUUGUACAUCAGUCGAGGGAAAUGAUCAAACUACAUAAAUAACAUACGGCAAUUUGAUUUUAAUAUACUUUUUUUUUGUCUUGAUAGAUUGAAAAUUAACACCAAUGAGUUGACUGAUGAUCAUUAUCACAUAAGUUAUUCCGAAAAUAUAAAUAACAACAAAUAAAGUAUGUAUACUAUUAACCGCAACAGGUAAUUUAAAAAAAUAUAAAUAAAUACAUUAAUAAAAAACAACAUUAUGAUUUGUACAAUUUCAGAAUGUGCUUGAUCUAUUUUUAAACAAAAAAAAAACAAUCUGAAGUUGUCUUUAUUUUUAAGUUAUCUUGUCGUGAUUUUACCAGUCCUGUCCACUGUGGCCCCUGAAUUAAAACGAGUUUAUCACCCCUGGACUAAGGUGGUGAAUUAAAAUAUUCUACUAUUAUAAGUAAUAUAACAAAUACAAAUUAUUGUUACCAUUUGUGUUCGCUUAGGUAUGGCAUCAGAGGGUUGGUCUUAAACUGGGUAAAAAGCCAAUUUCUAACAUGAAGCAAUACAGCGAACACACUUCUGCAGCUCUAAAUAUAUCUUGUGACGUAACCCAGGGCUCAAUCCUGGGACCAAAAUUGUUCAAUCUCUACAUAACGACAUUGUUUAAAGUUACAAAGAACUUAAAGUUAGCAUUAUUUGCAGAUGACACGACGCUUUUUUUAGUUCUUGCUUGUAACUUGGUCUCUCACUCAGUGGGUUGGUAAGAAGCAACUUUCUAACAGGAAGCAAUACGUUGAGGUCGGCAAACACACUUCUACAGCUCUAUAUAUAUCUUGCGGCAUAUCCCAGGGCUCAAUCCUGGGACUAAAAUUGUUUAAUCUAGACAUAAACGGUAUUGUUUAAAGUUACAAAUAAUUGAAAGUUAGUAUUAUUUGCAGAUGACAUGACCGCAUUUAGUUGUAGCUCGGCGAACACACUAACACACUUCUACACCCAAAGUAUAUCUUGCAGCAUACCCCAGGGCCUAUUCCCGGGACCAAAAUUGUUCAAUCUUGACAUAAACGACAUUGUUUAAAGUUACAAAGAAUUUAAAGUUAGUAUUAUUUGCAGAUGACAUGACCACAUUUAGUUGUAGUUUGGCGAACACACUUCUUCACCCUAUGUAUAUCUUGCGGCGUACCCCAGGGCCUAAUCCUGGGACCAAAAUUGUUCAAUCUCGACAUAAACGUCAUUGUUUAAAGUUACAAAGAAUUUAAAGUUAGUAUUAUUCGCAGUUGACACGACCGCAUUUAGUUGUAGCUCGACGAACACACUUCUACACCCUAACUAUAUAUUGCGGCAUACCCCAGGGCUCAAUCCUGGGACUAAAAUUGUUCAAUCUCUACAUAACGACAUUGUUUAAAGUUACAAAGAACUUAAAGUUAGUAUUAUUUGCAGAUGACACGACCGCAUUUAGUUUUAGCUUGUAACUUGGUCUCUCACUCAGUGGGUUGGUAAGAAGCUACUUUCUAACAGGAAGCAAUACGUUAAACUCGGCGAACAUACUUCUACAGCUCUAAAUACAUCUUGCGGCGUACCCCUGGGCUCAAGCCUGGGACCAAAAUUGUUCAAUCUUGACAUAAAUGACAUUGUUUAAAUUUACAAAGAACUUAGUAUUAUUUGCAGAUGACACGACCGCAUUUAGUUCAAGCUUGUAAAUUGCUCGCAUUUAGUUGUAGCUCGGCAAACACACUUCUACACCCUAAAUAUAUCUUGCGGCGUACCCCAGGGCCUAAUCCCGGGACAAAAAUUGUUCAAUCUCGACAUAAACGAUAUUGUUUAAAGUUACAAAGAACUUAAAGUUAGUAUUAUUUGCAGAUGACACAACAUCAUUUAGAUCUAGCUCAGCGAACACACUUCUAGAGCUCUAAAUAUAUCUUGCGGCAUACCCCAAAGCUCAAUCCUGGGACCAAAAUUGUUCAAUCUCAACAUAAAUGACAUUGUUUGAAGUUACAAAGAAUUUAGUAUUAUUUGCAGAUGACACAACCGCAUUUAGUUCAAGCUUGUAAAUUGCUCUCUCACUCAGUGGGUUGGUAUGGAGCAAUUUUCUAACAGGAAGCAAUACGUACUUCUACAGCUCUAUAAACAUCUUGUGGCGUACCCCAGGGCUCAAUCCUGGGACCAAAAUUGUUCAAUCUCGACAUAAACGGCAUUGUUUAAAGUUACAAAGAAUUUAAAGUUAGUAUUAUUUGCAGUUGACACGACAGCAUUUAGUUGUAGCUCGACGAACACACUUCUACACCCUAUGUAUAUCUUGCGGCGUACCCCAGGGCUCAAUCCUGGGACUAAAAUUGUUCAAUCUAGACAUAAACGGUAUUGUUUAAAGUUACAAAUAAUUUAAAGUCAGUAUUAUUUGCAGAUGACAUGACCGCAUUUAGUUGUAGCUCGGCGAACACACUAACACACUUCUACACCCAAAGUAUAUCUUGCGGCAUACCCCAGGGCCUAAUCCCGGGACCAAAAUUGUUUAAUCUUGACAUAAACGACAUUGUUUAAAGUUACAAAGAAUUUAAAGUUAGUAUUAUUUGCAGAUGACAUGACCACAUUUAGUUGUAGCUCGGCGAACACACUUCUACACACUAUGUAUAUCUUGCGGCGUACCCCAGGGCCUAAUCCCGGGACCAAAAUUGUUCAAUCUCGACAUAAACGUCAUUGUUUAAAGUUACAAAGAAUUUAAGGUUAGUAUUAUUCGCAGUUGACACGACCGCAUUUAGUUGUAGCUCGACAAACACACUUCUACACCCUAACUAUAUAUUGCGGCAUACCCCAGGGCUUAAUUCUGGGACCAAAAUUGUUCAAUCUCUACAUAACGACAUUGUUUAAAGUUACAAAGAACUUAAAGUUAGCAUUAUUUGCAGAUGACACGACCGCAUUUAGUUUUAGCUUGUAACUUGGUCUCUCACUCAGUGGGUUGGUAAGAAGCUACUUUCUAACAGUAAGCAAUACGUUAAACUCGGCGAACAUACUUCUACAGCUCUAAAUACAUCUUGCGGCGUACCCCUGGGCUCAAAAUUGUUCAAUCUUGACAUAAAUGACAUUGUUUAAAGUUACAAAGAACUUAGUAUUAUUUGCAGAUGACACGACCGCAUUUAGUUCAAGCUUGUAAAUUGCUCGCAUUUAGUUGUAGCUCGGCAAACACACUUCUACACCCUAAAUAUAUCUUGCGGCGUACCCCAGGGCCUAAUCCCGGGACAAAAAUUGUUCAAUCUCGACAUAAACGAUAUUGUUUAAAGUUACAAAGAACUUAAAGUUAGUAUUAUUUGCAGAUGACACAACAUCAUUUAGAUCUAGCUCAGCGAACACACUUCUACAGCUCUAAAUAUAUCUUGCGGCAUACCCCAAAGCUCAAUCCUGGGACCAAAAUUGUUCAAUCUCGACAUAAAUGACAUUGUUUAAAGUUACAAAGAAUUUUGUAUUAUUUGCAGAUGACACAACCGCAUUUAGUUCAAGCUUGUAAAUUGCUCUCUCACUCAGUGGGUUGGUAUGAAGCCAUUUUCUAACAGGAAGCAAUACGUUAAGGUCGGCAAACACACUUCUACAGCUCUAUAAAUAUCUUGCGGCGUACCCCAGGGCUCAAUCCUGGGACCAAAAUUGUUCAAUCUCGACAUAAACGGCAUUGUUUAAAGUUACAAAGAAUUAAAAGUUAGUAUUACUUGCAGAUGACAUGACCGCAUUUAGUUGUAGCUCGGUGGACACACUUCUACACCCUAAGUAUAUAUUGUGGCGUACCCCAGGGCUCAAUUAUGGACCCAAAAUUGUUCAAUCUCGACAUAAACGACAUUGUUUCAAGUUACAAAGAACUUAAAGUUAGUAUUAUUUGCAGAUGACCCGACCUCAUUUAGUUCUAGCUCGGCGAACACACUUCUAUAGCUCUAAAUAUAUCAUGCGGUGUACCCCAGGGCUCAAUCCUGGAACCAAAAUUUUUCAAUCUCGACAUAAACAACAUUGUUUAAAGUUACAAAUAAUUUAAAGUUAGUAUUAUUUGCAGAUUAGUUCUAGCUUGUAGCUGGGUCUCUCGCUCGGUGGGUUCUGGGUGGUAAUUUAGAACGCCUCUGUGCCAUACCAAAUGUCCCGUACCUGGGGGGGAAAUCCUGCUUCGAGUACACUUGCCUUUCAGACCAUCCACCAUACUGCCCUUUUCAAUCUCUGAGCAUGCUCAACUGGUGAGGGUUUGACAUUAUGACUAUUGGUACUACUCCUGUAAUAUGGCUUGAAUGCUAUGGAUAGUAGCUUAUUAUCAAAAUGAUGAAAAUAUGUAUAUUAUGAAAAAUCAGAUUUGGAACUCUUUUUUUUUUUUUUUGGAAGGGGUUUGUAACAAGAAAGGGGGUUGGUUUGUUUGUUUUUGUUCUUUUCUAAGGUUAUGCCGGGUUACCAGCACAAAGCACGCAAAUGAAUAAUCUGACCUGCAGGGGGCAAUAGAGGCAACUCAGUGCUGUUAAUUCAACACUGUUUACAGGUUGUAUUUUUUCUUCUUUUUUUUCCCCUUUUCUUUUUCUAGUUAAAUGCCGCAUAUUUUUUCUUGUGGCGUCAGUACAGCAUGACAGGGAAAGCAGUAUCUUUUUUAUAUACAUAUAAACUAUAUUCAUGGGGGAGGCAAAAAAAAAAAAGAUGAAAAAUGUGUCAUGCAUUAUUAUUAUUAUUAUUAUUAUUGUUGUUUAGCCUAUAAAAAAAACAGACAUUCCCCUCUUGAAAUUUCUCAACACUUGCUGCUUUGAUGACUUCAUAUGAUGAUAAAUGAUUUCAUAAUUAAUCAUCAUUUAAGUGUGUUACAUGGCAUUUUAUUCAUGUAUUUAUUUAUUUAUUUAUUUAUUUAUUUUACGAACCAUGGCAAAGAUGAUAAAAAUGUGUAUUAAAAAAGAAAUGCUUAUUUGGGCUUUUCUCUCUCUCUCUCUCUUCCUCUCUCUCUCUUGCUCUCCUUUUUUUCCAAUUUUACAAUAAAAAACAAUCAAACUGGA